UGGGGAAGGAUCUCUGUUUGGAGAUCAUUUCCUUGUGGAGUUUCCCUUGUGAGCUUCGAUCUUCAGGUACAGCUCAGCGAAGUGGAAGUGUGUGUCCUGCCUUUGGAUAAGGAAAGGAUUGGGAAUAUGGUGAUAUUUAUGAAGUGGAUGAAGAAGAAGACUUGGGCUUAUGAAAGAUUUUCUUAGCUAUUAAAUUUUUGUUUCUGCAGAGCCCUCACAGUGACAGUACUGACCAGGUAAGUUCUCUUUGACUUUUAUUUGCUUAUUUAUUUAGUUUCAAAGUUCUGCAGAGUAACAUAUGCAGCUGUUAAGCUGUAUAGUGCUGGCUAUAUGAGCACCAGAAAGAGCAAAGCACUGAAAGAGAAUUUUGCCUGGAUGGAAGGAUCUGCCUAAAUUUAAAUGGAUCAGAAGAAAUGGAAGUGAAGGAUACGUCCUCCUUGAAAUACUUCCUGCUUUCAUAUGCUUGCUAUUGAAAUACGUAAGUCAAGUGAAAUCUAAUUGAAAACCAAACCAAAGAAGCUUUUAACAAUUCCUGAAAGGAAUGAGAAAGUGAGAGAAGUGAUAUUAAGCUAGCAGAGGAAUCACUGUCAUCUUUUCAACACUUAUAGCACACCCAAACCAAACAUCUGUAUUUUUUUUUUUUUUUUGAAGAAGGAACGGUUUAUGUUCUUAAGUUAUUUAAAUAGUGCUUAAAGCUUUGUAAUUUGACAAAUUUCAUGUGAUUAUUUUGAUAGCUUUUUUUUUAACAUAACAGUGAAGCUUCUCUGGUGUUUGAAAAAAAGCAGACUAUGCUACAUCAUUUUCUAUUCAAAAUGUAGUUCCAAAUUCGCAUCUUAAAUUUGAAAUCGCAUCCGUUUUCAUAUCAGAUGCUGUUCUCUGAGACGUGGUAGAUAAGUGUUUUUUCCUGUUGAAUGAGGUAAUCUCUCUGUCAUCAUUAUAGUAAUCUAAAAUGUGUAGACUCCUUGGAAAUGAGAGCUUUAAGAAAAUUAUUAUUUUUAAUACAAAUGGACAGAUUAAUAGCUGGCAUGGCAUAAAAAUGCAUGGUCCUGAUAAGCUGGUGAUGAGAGAGAGAGUUUAGGAACGGAAUGGUGAGAGAAAUUCUUGUUAUUUGAAGUGUUACGGAAAUACACGUGGCAGCAUCAGCAUGUGUUUGCUUUAAUGCUGUUAGUAGUAGAAUUCUUUUUCCUUAUGAUUUAAUGCAAGGAGUGUGUUAUAUUAAAAAAAUGUUAUAUCUAUAGCAGAGAAUCUAUCUGCUGCAAAUACGUUUGUGUGUAAAACCUGUCUGCAAAACAGUGGUCCAGGGAAGACCAGUGUGACUUGGAGAAUGUGAAGUUUUGUACUUGUGUGCAGUUUUUCUAUAAAGCUGGAUAGAAAACCAUUUGUUUUCCAGAGUGUUUUUGAUUUGCUAUGGCAGGAUACGCCAUUAGUGAGCUUUCAGUGAUGUUAUUUGGUGGGCUUUUUACCAUCUUUUACUUAACAGGAGUAUAACAAAUCUUUGUGUCCAUAACAAAAACAAAAACAACCUAAACAAUAUGAUUUAUUUAGUUUAGAUUUGUAUUUCUAUUGAUGUGCAUAGUUUCUAAAACUCAAGGCUGUGUGAAGGUUUUGCUUGCAUGUUAAUAGGAAUUGAUGGUGCAGUCAUUAAAAAAAAGAAAACAAACAAAACCAACUAACCAAACAAAAAUCACAACACAAAACUGGUAAUAUAAUUGAACUGUGAGAAGGGCUGUGAUGAGGAUGUUAUUUGGCUUUGGCACUUGGCCUUGUAAACUGUGAAGCAGGAAACACCUGGUAGAAAUCUCCAGUGUCUUUUUGUCACUUUGUCUUGAAGUCUUCCUUGGUAGUGUAAUGGUUUAGCAGCAAGCCCAGCAAGAUAACCUGGAUGAGUCGUGUGUCACUGUAGUAUCUGUCACUGCUCCUUUAUUUUGGAUUCUUUCUGUGAAUGCAAACCUAAGGAUCCUAUGUUAGAUGUAACCAACAGUAGCCUGGAUCAUAUCUGGUGCUUGCAGAGAACACCAAAAAUAGUAACUUAAACUCUUAUGGCUAGCAAAAUAUUUAUUAAGUCAUCUCUAAUCUUGUAAGAUCUGUUUCCAGCUUUGCAUCUAUAACUUUUUUUUUUGUCGAAUAACCAGGGGAAGAGAAAUGCUGUAAGAAGUAUGAUAUAUAUAUCUUUGGUUUAGGGACACACUGUAUAUAUGAACUACGGUGGGUAUUUGUUUUUGAAUAUACAUAUACUGACAGACUUAAGAUCAUCUAAAACCUGCUAGUGUGAGACUUCUGGCACAAACUAGGACACGGGCUGGUUACAUCAAACAUUCCAUAAUUGUUUGUGUGCAAUCCUGUCUUUUUCCUUUGUUUACUGUCAGAGCUAAUUUGGACUCCUGUGCAUUCGUCCCAGCAGGGGCAUGUCAUCUGUUUGUCAUGGGUGAUGGGAACAAUUGAUGUUCUUUAUAAAUAACAUAGCAAAGCUGAUAGGAGGAAAAGUUCCUGCCAUCAGUGUGCUGCUACAGACUGGGCAUGAAGGCAGCAAGCUGCCUCCUGUUGAACUGUUAAAAGGGAAAGCAUUCAGGGAAGCGGGGGUGAGGAGGGGCGCAAGGCAAGAGACUAACUUACUUAAAAUUGAUUAUUAUUAUUUUUUUAAGAGCUGAAUGUGCUGGAUUUAGAAAUGGUAUUUGAAUUGCAGCUCUUCAGAACUGUUCUGGUGUAUUUUCUUAAAAAAAUAAUUGUCUUUUUUUUCUUCCCUGUCUUGUUCUCUACAUCCCACUCCCCAGUCUGCUGCUUCCAUCUUCCAGCCCUAACUGAAAGGAACAGAGAAUUUAUCCAUUAUGGUAAAUAACUUGCUCUGAGCCCCAGCUGUACAACUGGGUUUACCCUGACACAGAAAACUCUGAGGGAGGAGCUUGUGAGGAAAUGCUUUGGUGUGAUUGUAGACUGACAAACAUUAAACUCGUGUAGGACCGGCCAUGUGGAGCACAGUAAUCCCAUCUUAAAAUAUUGCUUCUUUAGUCUACAGUUUCUUUUUUUGACUUGGGUCAGCUUGGUGAUGAUAGAUUGAUUGUUUUUAAAUUACUUAAUCUUACAUCCUCCCUUCUCACCUUCCUCACUUUUUAAUGGUUAAAAAAAACCAACCAGGUUGUAGCCAAAUAAUUGUUUUUCUAAACAAUUCUGUGCAUGAAGAUUGCUAUGUCUGUUUUCAAACAGAAUACUUUUUCCCCCUUAAAAGAAUGUCAUUCCUAUCUCUCUCCCCACCCCUUGAGCUUUUCCUUCAAUACUCAGUACUGAGAAAGAGGCCUUCAAAACAGUAUUUUCAGGCACAUUAAGUGUAGUUGUGGCAGUCUCAGCCUUCUUCUAUCUUUCAACCUUUGAAUCUGAGCAGUGGAAGUGUUUUAUCACACCUAGGAUUUUGGAAAUUUAAAAUCUCCAUUCCUUGGGGAGAUUUGGAGAUCUCCUGCCCACUUCUCAGUUUAAGAUGUUUGCUACUGCACUCUGUCCUUUCUAAAUCUCUUCCAGCUGAGUUUUAAGAUGCUUGCACUGAUGGAGUUUGUCAGUGGACCACCUGUGUCUGGGCUCUCCGUAGCAAUGAGGAGUCUUUGAAACUUAUGUAAAUGUACUGCACACUGAAAAUAAUGAGUGCUGUAUAGAAGGACCAGACUUGUUUGAGUAAGAGAUCUAUUUGAUCUCUUAGCUUUAAGGAAGUAAGAGCUUGUGUUGGCAGCUUAGACAGACUGGACAGUGCUGCUGUGCCAUUUUCAAUAGCUUUUGAAUGUCUCAAGAAGACCAGCUGUGCCAACCUGAGGGUUUAGAACUGAGAAGAUAAGGAAGAUACUUGGAAUUGGAGAAAAGAGAAAUUUAGAUGUAGAUAUUUAAAUGUUCUAAAUACCAAAGUAGGUUAAACUUGAAUGACUGAAAUGGCUGUUUGUGUUUUUUUUUAUCAGAUGCUUGCUACUGAAAUGUUAUGUAACUUGAAAAUAAAUUUUUUAGAACAUUUUAUAGCUAGCUGUUAUGUUUUACAUAUGUUAAUAUGUAAUUCUGCUCUAGUAGAUAUUAACUUCUUGCUGUUGUGGCGUGAUACAUACUAAGGUUUUUUUUAAUCAUGUCUUUGCUUAUCUCUUCUUUUCUGUUAAGGCUCAACAAGCUGCUGGCCUGUGUGUGCUUUCUGUCAAUUUCUGUGUUUUCCAUGGUAGCUAACUUCCAGCUUAACUCAUGGAGGGUGGACUAAUGUACGUAGUGUUACUGUGUAGGUUUUGUUUAAUUUUAUCCAUUAUAAGAUGUAUUUGUCAUUAAUGCUUUUAAAAAUUGAAUACGUUUUCUUCCUGACAGAAAAAUAAAGAAUUCUGAUUAGCAAUUUUGCAGGUGCUAUCUUUGUUGCGUUUCGACGUUGUGCAAAAUACAACAUCAGUGGUGCAGGAAAAGCAUGCUCAGCUUAAGUUCCUGAGAUUAUAGUCAACUGUAGGAAUUCUGUGAGGGUUUCCUCCAUGUGAAAAUUACAAGCGUGAAAAAUUAAGCAGCAGGUUGUGCUGACCUCAGCAUUGUCUGAGUGAUCCUGAGUGAUCCUGUUUCCUCUCUUCUUUAAUUCUUUCCUUAAAUGCUUGUAGCAGUGGUGGGUUUGGUCAUAACCACAAUAUACUAGCCACUGUUUUUCACUCCUAUUGGAGGGGUACAACAAACUCAAAAUAAAGAAAGAAACCCACUGCCACGUCCUUUGAAAUAUCAAAGAAAAGGUUUGGCUUGUGCUACUUGCUUACAGAGAUACUUUCUGCAGCUUCUGGUUUAGGAGUAUGAAGUUCUUCAGCUGUGUGAAAAUGCCUGGAUGCUGGACUUCUGGGUGUUACUAGGGGGAAAAUAUACUGCCAGGUAGUCUGCUGCCAAAUGACUGGGGAAUAGCUGAUGGAGCAUCAUUCCUUAGUGUUUUGAAAGUAAAGGCAGAAUUCUUCAUUACAGUCGUAUCAGGAGCUGUCACCUUCAUUUCAGGCACAUUCAAAACAGAGCUUCUGUUGGAAAAUAAACCUGCAGAUGUAGAGGAAAGAUAAAAGUUGCAUGAAAAAGCAAAUACAAUAAGAAAUUAUCAAGUCGCUUAUUCUGCAUGGAAGAAACAUCACUUUAUUAGUAUAUCCCUGUGUUCUUUCAUGAUGUUUUUUCUGAAACUAUCUACAAAUGUUAUUCCAAAUGAAUUUCAUAAUGUCUACAGGCUUUCUGUUCUCCCUUGUAAGCAGUAUAAGUUUGCAAGAAAAUAAAGUUGUCUGGCAUACAGGUAAUUUCAGGCUUAAUGCUGUCUUUCUGUUUUGAAGCUGCUUUUUUUUUUUUUUGCUAUCUCAUUGUGACUACUUUAGCUUGUAUUUCAGCAGUCUGUGUCAUUUUGGUUUGCCACAUCAGAUAAUAGAGUGACUCUACUGAAGCAGGCUUUGAUGAGUACUAUUGAUUAUUUAUGGAGACAUGCUAUUUUAAUCAAGUAAAUUCAUUUAAGCUGUCAUGGUGAUUCAGUGUAAUAAUGUGCUUAUGCUUCAUGCUAGCUAGUAGGUUUGCAUUCUGUGUGGUUACAGAUAAUUUAGAGGAUGUAACAGUUUCAGUAGAUUGGUAUAGAAGUUUAGUUGUGGUUUAGUGUCACGUAAGACUUCAUAUAAUCUUUAAAAGCAUUGAUCCAAUUACAUUUUCAAGGCCUGACUUAAAAUGUUCCGAAGAAAUAGCUCAACUAUUCAACUCAGCAUCUCUGUGCUUUGCACAUAAGGAGAAGGGUGCAAGGGCAGGAGGCUGCUCGUGGAGUGCUACAUAGCAACACUCAGGCAGUGCUGAACAAAAAGUAGGUUAGUUACAGCAGCUGCUCUGCUGGGAGCUGCAUGCUUAGCCCGGGCUCCUGGCGGCCUCCUGUGUGUGCUCACAGGCAUGCUGCACUCCCAGCAUUUCUAGGGAAUCAUUAACUUUUUCAGUUGAAGUGGCCUAAAACAGAUAAUGCGAUGAGCCUAGCUGAGGUGUGGGUAAUAUUCUGACUCCCUGGCCUGGUCUUUAAUUGCAAGACUGUUUUUACCCUUGUGUGAGCGUGCAGUGUCCUACAUUAGCACAGGUUUGGCGUAGUCUUGUGAAAGUAGGUGAGAAUUGGAGGGGCUCUAAAUGCUGUAGGUUGCUCUGGUGAUAAGUUUAGAUGUGGAAUAAAUUUUAAAGAAAAAAAAAAUUCUGCGAGUAGGUACUUAUACCACAUAGGGUGGCUCUGAAGUAGCCUUUUAAUUAUCUUUAUUUAGAUAUAGAAUGCUUUAUUAGCUAUCCUUCAGAAUAUCCAAACUGCUUAUGCGUAUCAUGCUUGUAAUUAGCAUUGUCUAAAUAAGUUUUGGGCUGUGUAGGUCGUCUUAAUCCAGUUUUGUGUUCUCUCUUGGCUAAAAGUGAACAUGAAUCAGUGCUUUCCUGGCACACCUCAGAAGCAACUGCCAGAGUGCUUAGUAUUUAAAAUGAUGAACUCUGUUCGCAGCAGUACAAAGGUACACAGUCACCUUUGAAAGCAAUUACUGCUUACCUGUCUCUGAGGAAAAGAACCAAGGCCCAUGCCUGGUGAGCAGCAAUGCAGCAUUGCCAGUUGGUGACCUUUGAGUGCUAAGAGCUUCGGAGUGGACGUGGUGAGACUGGGGCAUGACCUGCACUCUGCCCUGUGUGCAGAGCAAAUAGGUAAAGAUCAAUAUUCUCUAAAUGUCACGUUAGCAGCAGGUCUGCUGCAGCCUCUUGUUGUGUUUGGUUAUGUGUUAGUAUAUUCUGAAGACCAGAAUGUGUUCUGCUCUGCUCUGUGGCUUGUUUUGUCUGCAUAGGAAAAUACAUUUCAUGGGGAGGUAAGGUUGUUUCAUUUUUUCCUCCUUCCUGAGGCUCUUAUGUUAAGUUUUUAGCUCCUGUCUUAUGAUGUGCUUCCAAAUGCUCCUGUCCGUGAAUGCUCACAAUGCUUAUUGCACUGUCUUCACUUUGUGUUUGCUAGGUGCUGCUUUUCUCUGGCAGUACCUCACAUGCCAGUACUGCUGGAUGGAGACUCUGGGUUCAGUGUUAGGUAACACAUCUGAUUCCUGGCUCUGUGAUACCAAGUGGCAGUUGAUUACAGGUUGUAUUGAUGGGCUCUUAUUUAAGUCAUUCAACAACAACUUUUCCCAUUCCUGAUCAGUUGUAACACAGAGACUUAGCAGUACAAGUAUAUUUAAAUGAAAAAUCAUUCUGCCUUGUUUAUCAUGUCUUAACUAGAGCAUUUAAAAUGAACUGCUUUAAAAUUUCUGGUCUUGCGACUAAGAUUUAAAGCUAGUUAAACUUCUGCUCUAAACUGUUUCGGAAGUGUGAGAUGUUACCCCCCUUUUCUCCUGUCUUGUCAUCUUUCCUUUCUUGUGGCAGCUUUUAUAUAUGUGCAGUGAUUGUAUUAAUAAGUGUACACUGUGCACAAGAGCUUUUGCUCCUGAGACUUUUUAACGUGCUUUACCUUCUCCUGUCUGAAUCUAAUUUUGCUUUUUCCUGUGACUCCCCUUCUGUUCUUCCAUCUGCUUGGUUUAACUGCUUCAUUCUCUCCUGGAAUUCUGUACUCACUAAUCCUUUUACCUUCCUCCCAUCACAGCUUUGUAUAGUUUCUUUGGCUUAAGUUCAUUUUGGUUUCAGCAUACCUUUCACUGAGAUGUUCCAGGAUGAGCUAUGAUUUUGUGAAACUGGAACUGCUAAAAUUGUUCCUUCUUUCUCUCUCUCUCUCUCUCUCUCUCUCUCUCUUUUUUUUUUUUUUAACUUUUUAUUACUGCUUGCAUGUGUCAUUUGUGGUGCUCCUGGUAUUUGGAAAAAUAUUGUAACAGAUCUGGUUUCCUGCUUCUCAGAAUGUACAUUUUUUUUUUUUUUUUUCCAUUUGCCACAGUUUCUAAAAGCUGUGACAGUAGCCCUCCAAGUAAAAUGAGAGAGGCAUCAGUCAAGCAAAAUAUGAAUGCAUAAUACAUUUCAUUGCAAGUCUCAGUGAUUUUGUUUUUGAAGCAUCACUCCUGAUGCUCUUGAUCCCUUUGCUUGAUCCUAAAUAAAUCACAUUGGUCCAGUUCAAUGAUCACCACUCCUUCUUAAGACCAAUCACAACAAGAUAAAACAAGAAAAGAAAUUCAGUGAUUCAUAAGACAUUUUCAAAUGUUAAUAAGAAAAUUGAUAAGGGAAAAAGUAUGAGGAAUUCAGAAUUGGAUUCUAGUUGACUUAUUAGUGCUCAGAGCCUGGCAUCAAGGUCUUGGUAAGAUGAUUCGUUUUUUGAGUGCAGAACAGCUAAUAGGAACUCUGUGAUUUUGUAACUAAUCCAUCUUGCUUCAUGAAAAGGUAGAUAAAAGAGUAUUAAUUACAUUAUACAGUAUUAAUUAAUGUAUUAAUUACAUGCUUUAUAUGUAAGUAAUUUCAUUCUCAAAGGCAGGAAAGAAGCAAGGGAAGUCUCUUUCCAUGAGCAAAUAAAUGCCAGAGCAUUAAGAAACACUGCUGUUUUUUUCUGUCAACAUAUUUGGAUGCACUGUUGUAAACAGAACUUGAUUCGAAGAAUCAGAGAAUCUUAGCAGAUUCCCUGCAAUGCACAGUUAGUGCUGGGAAAAUUCAUCUCUUACACAUGAAAGCAGCUUCUUUUUUUUUUUUUUUCUUUUCCCUUAAGAAAAGAAGGAAGGGGAGAACCCCAGCCUCCCCCAUACUGUUCCUUAUUUGGGCAUCUGUCAAAACAGAGCCUCAGUUCAGCAAUUUCUAUGCACUUUACUUAUUUGGGCAUUUUCAGGAGACUGUUGGUUUUGUUUUGUUUUGUUUUGUUUUUUUCAAUGUUGUCUUUUAACUUUUGCAGCAAGUUGACACUGUCUAAAGGCUCUUUGAAUUUUCUUAGGUAUAGCUGAUACUUCCACCUCUGAAAUACACUUACCAAUGUUUUGUUGUUUGCAGAAACCAUUGACGCGUGAAGAUGAAACCAUGAAGAGAAAGCAGAACGAAUAAUAAUGCUUUUCCGAAACCGGUUUCUGUUCUUGCUGGCUUUGGCAGCCUUACUUGCCUUUUUGAGCCUCAGUCUACAGUUCUUGCAUUUAAUCCCAGUGAACCCUAUCAAGGAAGAUGGGUUGAAUCCUAAGAGCCGAAAGAGAAUAAUGCCUGAUUUGCUGACAGAACCUCCUGCAAUAGAUCCUGUUUACGAAGCUCAGGUUUACUGCAAUAUUCCUACCAUUGCUGAACGCAGCAUGGAAGGCUAUGCACCCCAUUAUUUUAAGCUAGUGUCAGUUCAGGUGUUGAUUCGACAUGGAGACAGAUAUCCACUAUAUGCCAUUCCCAAAACAAAAAGACCUGAUAUUGACUGUACGUUGCUGCCUAACAGGAAACCUUCUCAUCCUCAGCUGGAAGCUUUCAUUAAACACAUGUCCAAAGGGUCUGCAGCCCAAAUGGAUGGUACCCUAAGCAGCCUGCCUCGUUACCCUAGUCAUUCUCUUUGUGAAAUGGGAGAGCUUACACAGACUGGUGUUGUACAGCACUUGCGAAAUGGACAACUAUUGCGAGAAAUUUAUAUAAACAAACAUAAACUGCUUCUGAAUGACUGGACGGCAAAGCAGCUCUACUUGGAGACAACAGGAAAAAGCCGAACCCUGCAGAGUGCACUGGCGCUGCUUUACACCUUUUUGCCAGAUUUUGACUGGAAAAAAAUUAACAUGAGGCAUCAGUGGAGCACCAUUUUUUGUUCUGGAAGCUGCGACUGUCCUAUGCGGAACCACUACCUGGAAGAGGAACAGCGCAGGCAGUACAGCUUACGGGUGAAGAACGGUGAUUUGGAGAAAAUAUAUGUGGAUAUGGCAAAGAUUGUUGGCAUUCCUACCAGGCAGUUGAGAGCCUCUAACCCAAUAGAUUCUCUCUUGUGCUAUUUUUGCCACAAUGUCAGUUUCCCCUGUACCAAAACUGGCUGCAUCGGUAUGGAACACUUCAAAGUAAUCAAAAGACAUCAGUUGGAGGAUGAGAGAGAAAGACAGGAAAAGAAACUUUAUUUCCUGUAUGCCCUGUUGGCUACUCACCCUCUCCUCAACCAGACUGUUAAUCGGCUUCAGCGAAUUGCAGAAGGCAAGAAAGAAGAAAUAUUCGUUCUUCACUCUGCACAUGAUGUCACACUGUCACCUGUUCUUAGUGCCUUGGGCAUUACAGAGGCCAGAUUUCCACGAUUUGCUGCCAGAUUAGUUUUUGAGCUGUGGCAGGAUGGGAAGAGACCCAAAGAACACUUUAUCCGCAUCCUGUAUAAUGGUGCUGAUGUCACAUUCCAGACCUCAUUCUGCAAGGAUUACUAUAAACGUUCCAGCAAGCCAAUGUGCCCGCUAGAAAAAUUUGUUAGCUUUGUUAAGAGGGAUAUGUUCUUAGUUUUUAACAGCACUAGUUAUUAUGAUGCAUGUCGUAGAAGACCACUGUAGGGAAGAAAAGUGAAACUGUUAACUUCUGUGUAGGUGAAAGUCUGUAUUCUGGUUGAGGCACAUUUCAGUUCUGUUGUUUCUUGACAAAUGAUAUUGCUUGGAACAUUCUUCAGUUUCAUUUUCAUUCAAACUGUAGAUGGUGUCCAGUAGAAGAACAGAUCUGAGAAAGUGUUUUGUCUGUGUUAACUAUCAUGAAUUGAUAAACCACAUGAGCUACUGUAAUGCUGGACUUUGCUUGAUAGAGUGAGAGAGCACAGAUUUCAUUUCCCUAUAUUCCAGAGCAAUACUUGCACACCACGAGUUUAAAAACAAAGCAUUCUUUUUUCACCAUCAUCUUGUAAUCACGUAAGCAGCUGUAUCAGGAUAUUUAUAAAAGGUCGGACGUCUGUUUGUAGGAUAUUCUGGGUGUUCCCUACUCAGAAAGCAUUUUAAUAUUUAGGAACAGGACUUUAAAGCGAAGUGCUUCAUUAUACCUGAGCAUGUACAAAUGAGUGUGUGCCUUUCUGACCUCACAGACCUACAGAUACUUACUUAUGUUGCCUGUGCCAGAGAAGGGUGUACUGGAAAAUGUGUGCAAAACUCUGUUCUCUGACUGCACUUUUAGCACUUUGAACAAUACAAACACAAUCUACAAAAAUGUAAUGGUCUUGUUAUAUAAAAAUAGGUAACAAACACUAAUAUUACCACUAAAUCUGAAUGGGAAAUUAGGAUUAUAAAUCAGUUUUACAGUGAGAUGUGGGCUUUUUCCCAUUGUGAACAUGCUCAAGCUGCCAUGCUAUAAACAAGUCAGUGUUUUUGGAAUUUGAUAUAGUGGCUGCUUGAGACAGCUUGACUAAACACUAAGAAUUUUGUAGCUGAUUUUAGUAUUUUUAUGGGCUAGGAAGCUCUUAUUUUGUAUGAUCAGACUUGUGUACCUACUGCACUGUGUAAAUUUCUGACACAGUAGAUCUUUCAUACUUCAGUUUGUAAAGAGUUGUGAAAGGCUGACUUUCGGACAUUUUUUCCCUUGAUCAGGAUGUACAGACUUAAGAAUAAACUGUCUUUUAUUGGUAACUUGAGCAAUGUGUAGGUAUGAGAACUUGUAUCCAAACUGUUUUCAUCUCUUUAGGAAUAGUAAAUUGAGAAAUAGUUUUUAAUAGAAGCUGUAGAAAUUUUAUAAUUCUGGAGGGUGGGUUUUUUACACAUCUAGAAAUAACGUAGUCUGUGACUCGUGACUUGGUGCUAGUUUAUUAAAAAAAAAACCACCACAUAAUUAAGCAUAGGUCUCUAACUGAUGAUAUUUCACUCUGUUUUCAGUGCUGCAUUUGAAUGUAUUUCUUUAAAUAAAAAUGUAGGGACUCUUUGUGAAUUUGUGUGUUACAUUUAUUUUUACUUCCUUAGUUGUUAGCAGUAACAAGCCUAAGUGUAUUUUGUUAAGCUGCUUGUUGCUUUAAUAACUUCUGCAUUGGCUCACUUCAUGUGUUCCUGUUCCAGAUCUGAGAGGGGGCAGGUAAACACUUCAUCAAUAUCAGAUUAGAGUGUGUAACUGCUGAAAAAGUUUUCUUUCCUAAGCCCAAAUGGAUGCACUCUAUUAGUCAUCAUAUGCAUUUGCCUGCUGGAGGGCAAUCAGGAAGACAAAAUGUGAAAGCUGAGCUCAAUUUUAUAAAUUAUGUGAACUGGACCAUUUCUCUAAAAUAAGUGCCAAAUAGUCCAAGCAGUUCUUCAAUAGUUUGCUCUGCAGAGUGAUAUCUGUUGGAGUUUUAAUGAUCUUUGGUGACCAUUUACAGGAAUCAUGCAGAAGUGCAGAAAACAUUACUGUGUGCCUAUUAUUGGUGUUUUAUAUCUGUCUGUUUUUUUAAUUCAUGUGUGUGGGAAGAAAAAGGAAAGCAAGCUAAUUAGUCUUCUGUAUCUGCACAGUUUCUGACUAUAAGCUCUUCUGAAACACUUGGUACAGCUCUAAUGCUACUGGAAGAUCUAAGAGAAAGAGCUGUGAGGCUGAGGUCCUGUAUGCAACUUCCUGAGUUAGUUAUGGAAACAGAAUGGUGAGCCAACUGCAUUAUCAAACUCAAUGGCAAGGUUUUAAAAUUUGACUUAGUUUAUGAUUAAAUUGGUACCUGAGAGUGAAUUUGAAUUUGAGUCUUAGAUCUACCUGGGCAAUGGAGAAAGGCAUAUCCUAGGUCUCAUGAAUACACUUCUGGGAUGGAUGGAUGAAUUAGACCUUUCAAACAGGAAACCUUGAUCUGAGCAAUUGCAGGGUUUUAUCAAACAGAACAGAAAUAAAUGCCGUUGCUUCAAGGAGUGCUGUUUGAGAUCCUGUUGUUGCCUUUAAAUUGGUGUAGGACUGGGACAUUUUGUGCAUUGUGUGCAGUAUUUAGAAACUAGUGUUUAAACAUGUUGAGUACUUGUGGCUGGGUUGAAAUGUGUCAUGUUUUUCCUUAUAAAAUUCAGCUUACAUAUAUCUCAGUGAGUGCUGAAGUGAAGUCUCGUUUUUUGCCCUCUACUUGUUUCAGUUCUGGUAGGUAUAACAGCCUUAGUUUCAAAUGCUCUUUGAACAUUGGGAAUGUCAUAUAGUUUUGUUUGAGCUGUUUAUUUUAUGUUUGUAUUUAGGAGUGCCCAAGAAGGCAGUUAAAUGCAAAACAUUUGCAUGUAAAAUAGCACAGAAAGAAGAUUCUCUUUGAAAAACGCAUUAUGACAGCUAGGAAAGAUAAAGAAAUAGGUGCCCUCUCGUGGUGACACACAAAUGAUUUAGUGUGAAUUAACUGGGGAAAAAAAAUCAUGCCUUUGCUUUGGAAUUGCAGCAUUGUGGAAAAGCAAUGUUAACAAGUAUCCCGUCAAUGACUUCCAUCCUGCAGACUGAAAAGGAGACCUCAUUUUCCGCAGUGUAAGUGAAUUACUGUUAAUUUAUAGCAGGUGCUCAAAAUCUUGUGAGGUGAAGUGGGGAUAAUGAUAACUGUGAAACCUGUUUUGAAGGAGUUCAUGUUGCUGAGCAUAAGUGUAUUCUCCAGGUCACUGCAGCUUUGCUGUCCUAUGUAUCAAGUUCAGCCCUACUCUUUUCAGCAGAGCAAGUUUUGAAGUUAAUAAAGCUGAUAGUAUAUGGAAUUAUAAAGCA